AUGGUAAACCAAGAAUGCAGCAGCCAAUCAUUUGACAUUUUCAAUGGCCAGCGGACACCACAGGCCCACUUUGCUGAUCUGUGGAUGGGCCAAAUACUUAUUUCGCUGUUUGCCCUAUCGUGCCAUGCCCAGCAUCAGCACCAACAUCAGCAUCAGCAUCAGCAUCAUGCACACCUAAAUGCUAACAAUAUUCCGCGCGAUGAGAAACCCGAUCAUCGCCAUGAGGAUCCACGCGAGACGAGCACCUGGAUACCCAUACUGAAGUACAACAAGGAGCAGAGCGAGGAUGGCAGCUACAAGACCGAAUACGAGACCGGCAAUAACAUAAUACACGAGGAGACGGGCUUCCUCAAGGAUUUCGAUACCAAUCCGAAUGGCGUUUUGGUGCAGCACGGCCAAUACUCAUACCAAUCGCCAGACGGUACCUUGGUCAAUGUGCAGUACACAGCCGACGAGAAUGGCUUCCGCGCAACUGGAGAUCACAUUCCCACACCACCAGCCAUACCCGAGGAGAUACAAAAGGGCCUGGAUCAGAUCUAUGCGGGCAUCAAGCUGCAGCAGGAGCGCCUGGAGCAGCGCGCCAAGAAUGAUCCCACCUUUGCCAAGAAGCUGGAGGAACGGCGUGUGGCCAAUCAGAAUGGCCAAUACAUUGGCCUGCUGGAGAAUCAGUAGAGAGACGACGCAACCAAAACCUCUCAACCAGAUAACGUGCUGCAUUUUUGAU